UUUUUUUAUGAAAAUUUUAACAGAUCUAUGGACGGAAAAGGAAUUCGGCUUUCUAAACGUUAUGUAAUUUGCCUAUUUUCUUGCGUCUGGUUUGUACUAAUUAUCUCGCAUAUUUCAUUUUCUGCUCUGCAAUAUUUUGCUGUUUCUGAAUUACAUCGUCUUCUGAACCAGUUAAAAACGACUGUUGGGUUUUAUCUUUGCAAUCGGAACGAUCGCUACUCCGUAUUUAACGAGAUUGGAGAGCGUUGUGAUUCAAUCUCCGUAUUCCACGAUUUUGGACAUUUUUUACUUAGAGGGCAUACUUUAUUUACUCUUUUCUUCCUUUUUGUUUCAAUAGCAAUAUUUUUGGCUACAAUAUUUUGCCAUUGGAGAGUGAAUUUGCAACAUGAUUUUUUGAAUUCGAGGAAUUCAGGGAACAGGAGAAAGCGGUGAUUUUUUAUACAGAGAGGAUUCAACCAGAAAAUAAAACCUUUCUUUAGCGAGCAC